AUGCAGAAAAAAAUCAGAGAAUAUUCAGAAGAGACAGAUAGCAUUCCACUAAACAUUGCCGUUACAGGAGAACCUGGCACUGGCAAAUCAACAUUUGUCAAUGCUUUUAGAGGGAUAAAUAACAAUGGUGAGGGAGCUGCACCUACUGGUUGUGAAAACACGACCACAAAUCCUACGUCAUAUCGUCAUCCAGACUACAAUAAAGUCAUCAUUUGGGAUCUUCCUGGUAUUGGUUCGACCAUGUGGCCAGCAGAUAAAUAUUUGGAGCGUAUUGAACUAGAGAAGUUUGACUUCUUUAUCAUCCUCUCAGCUGAUCGGUUCAGAGAAAAUGACGUGAAACUGGUCAAAGAGAUCCAAAAGAUGGGGAAGAAGUUCUACUUUGUUCGUUCAAAGGUCAGCUAUAAUUUAAGGGAUGAAGAACGAAGUCAGAUGGAUUUUACAGAAGAAAAGGUUCUGGAAACAAUCAAUGAGGACUGCAUGAAAGGGCUCAAAGAGCAGGGAAUUGAGUCUCCUCAAGUUUUCCUUCUGCGUUUCCCUGAUGUCAGUCUGCAGGGUCUGAAGGAAUUAAAGACCACAUUCGAGGAAGAACUUCCUGACCUCAAGAGGCAUGCUCUGUGUUUGGACAUGGAUAACCUUUACCUGCAGGUCUUAAACAAUAAGAAAGAAAACUUUCGGGCCAAAAUAAAAUAUUAUUCUCUUAUCUCUGCAACUGGAGCCAUCUUUCCAGUUCCACUGCUUUCUGCUGGUGUUGAUCUGAGCUCGAUAUAUGCAUAG